GAGUUUCAGAGCUGUCCUUGCAGUGUGAGCAAGAGUCUGAGAGAGGGGUUAGGAGCUAAACGAGCUGUCUCCAGGUAAGUUUUGCUAAAGACCUGAUUCUUUUUCAGCUGUAUCUGUCAACUUCCCUCUUACACGUUUUUUCUACCAUUAUUUAUUCAGCUUUCAAAUCAGUCUUUCACUGUACGGCUUUUGUCUUUUCAAGGAAGGAAAAAAAGUUCUGUAUAGAACUAUCCUGGAAAACAAUUUUAGUUGGAUGCUCAGGCAGCAGACACUGUGUGUGAGGUAUGCCUGCAAAAUCGAGCUUUGAGUGGAAAACCGAGAAACAUCUUAAGAAAAAUCUUUCUCCUGAUCCUUUGAAUUGACAGAUACUUGCAAAGAAGAAAAAAAAUUGUUCCUGGAAGUCCAUUAUCAUUAUAAUGCUGGACUUGAAUGCGUUCCCUAAGAAAACAGAGGAGUUAUUUCAGAGUGGCUGAAAUAACUGUUAGAGGCAAUUAACAUAAGAACUAUUAUCUUGCUACCACUUCUGCCCCACCGAGGAAAUUUACUUGUAAGCAUUGUGAUCUGAUGGUAUCAAAGCAUUUCAUAACCACUUCGAUAUAUUUUUUUAGAAGGCCUAAAUAAAUAUAAGCCAAGACAAUUUAUGGAGCUUUUGUAUUGAAUUUAAUUAUCUUUUAUCUGCCACAAUAAUAACCUGCGUUUAUGUUGGACUUCUGUUGCUGUUUGAAAGAACUAAGUAAUAGUGUCCUCGUAUAAGGUAACAGUCAACUUCAAUCUGAAAUGUCUUACACCUUUUUUUUUUUAAUGUUACCUGUGAUGACAAUCGUGUUUUUCUUAAAUUCAUUUCCAAGUCACAGGGUUACAAAAUCUUGGCAGAAUUUCUCAACCGAAUCAGUGUGAAUGUGUUCUGCUCUGAGCAAGCACAAUAAAGUGGGCACAUUUGGCAUCCAUUGAUCUCAGCAGGUCAGGUCAGUUGAACCGUGAAUGCAUAAUGAUGGUCAGGUACUUCUGGAUGUUUGGGACUAAUUACAUGUAUGCAGUUGAGAUUAGUAUCAUUGUGCUCUUCUGCUUUUGUUUUGACCCAGUAGGAAUUUCUACUUUGUGUACUGUGAUAAAUUCCAGUCCUGGAGAACUGAUAAUUCUUCCAGAAUGCCAGAAUAAAAUCGAGUGUGUUCUGAAUAUAACUUCUGGAGAUGUGCGAGUAAGAAGUCGGGCAGGAUUUGAAACAGAGAGAAGAGGUUCUCAUCCAUACAUUGAUUUCCGUAUUUUUCACUCAAAUUCUGAAAUUGAGGUGUCUGUGUCUGCGAGAAAUGUGAGAAGGUUGCUUAGUUUCCAGCGCUACCUGAGAUCUUCCCGUUUUUUCCGUGGUAUCACUGUUCCAAAUUCUUCAAACAUCUUAGAUGAUGAUUAUAAUGGACAAGCAAAGUGUAUGUUGGAGAAGGUUGGAAACUGGAAUUUUGAUAUCUUUCUUUUUGAUAGACUGACAAAUGGAAACAGUCUAGUCAGCUUAACCUUUCAUCUGUUUAAUCUUCAUGGACUAAUUGAACACUUCCAGUUAGAUACGAUGAAACUCCGUAGAUUUUUGGUUAUGGUUCAAGAAGAUUAUCACAGUCAAAACCCUUAUCAUAAUGCAGUUCAUGCUGCUGAUGUGACUCAGGCCAUGCACUGUUACUUAAAAGAGCCUAAGCUGUCCGAAUCCUUAACUCCGUGGGAUGUUCUGCUCAGUUUAAUUGCAGCUGCCACACAUGAUUUGGAUCACCCAGGCGUUAACCAACCUUUCCUAAUUAAAACAAACCAUUACUUAGCAACUUUGUAUAAGAAUACCUCAGUAUUGGAGAACCAUCACUGGCGAUCAGCAGUGGGGUUGCUGAGAGAGUCUGGUUUAUUUGCACAUAUGUCAUUAGAAAACAGGCAGCUGAUGGAAAGCCAGAUAGGUGAUCUCAUUCUUGCCACAGACAUCAGUCAGCAAAAUGAGUAUCUGUCCAUGUUCCGAUCCCACCUGGAUAGAGGAGACCUAUGUUUAGAGGAUGCAAACCACCGUCACUUCAUUUUACAGAUGGCUUUGAAGUGUGCUGAUAUUUGUAAUCCGUGUCGGACUUGGGAGCUGAGUAAGCAGUGGAGUGAAAAAGUAACAGAGGAGUUCUUCCAUCAAGGAGACAUUGAAAAAAAAUAUCACUUGGGUGUGAGUCCACUUUGUGAUCGACAGACAGAGACCAUUGCCAACAUCCAGAUUGGCUUCAUGACCUACCUGGUGGAGCCACUGUUUGCAGAGUGGGCCCGGUUCUCCAACACGCGGCUGUCGCAGACGAUGCUCGGCCACCUGGGACUGAACAAGGCGAGCUGGAAGGGGGUGCAGAGAGAGCAGUCCGGCGGUGGGGAGGACGCUGACCCUGCCUUUGAAGAGAUGGACUCAGACAUAUUACCUCAGGAACCUCGAUUGUCCUGACCUCAGCCCUCAUGACAAAACUGCCUCUUUUCUCGGUGUCUGCACAGCUGGAUUAAAGGAGAUACUUGCCCGCCCGAGGUCUUGGUAAAAUGAUGCCAGCAUUAUUUAUUUCCAAGUUUUCCUUCGACAUAGACGUUUGAACCUGAUUUUUUUUUAACAGCGAGAUCUGAACACAGAGCAAUAUGCAUAUGCCUCAGUUGGUUUUUGUUUGGAACCUUGAAUAUGCAAAGCACAGCGGUGACCGAGCCUUGGAGGAACAGUACGAAGGCUUCAUUGUGCCACACCUUUUGGUUUUCUUUGGUGAAAUUUGAAACACGGUCUUCAAAUCCAAGACUUGAGAUGGAUCGUUCCACUUCCUUGGAAUUUAGCGAGACUUGCAUGAAUGUGUUCAAAGCGUACCUUCCACUCAGUCCCUGUUUUAAUACGGAAAUGUGAAGUGCCCAUCCUCUGCUGCCUCUGGCAAGACUUGAUGUUUACAAACGUACUCUGAAACUAUGGGUUCUGGACUUAACCUUUGCGCAUGGCUGUGAAGGAACCACUAACUAACCUGGGUUUUUUGCUUUUUUAAAAGAAAAAGAUCAAAUCCGAGACUGCAGCUCUUGUUUUUUGGAUGCCGGAAAAGCCUCCCAUUUGCCAUAAUUUUGUUUGUGCACUGGGAACUGAGCAUUCAUCAUAGAGCACAGCCAAGCUUUACUCCAGUGCUGUAUGGGAAUGCAGUUUUUUAGAAGCGGAAAACACUUCAGAAUUGGGGAAGGGGUGGGAGGGGGGGGAGGGGGAGGGGGGGCGUCUGAACUGCAUUGCGACUCUGCAGUGGAAACAUCGCAUGUUGUUUUCACUAUUGUACACUUGAACUGCACAUGCAAGAGAAAAAAAAAAAAGGUGGAAUGUCUCAACACCAUAAUCAGCUCAGGGUAUUUGCCAAUCUGAAAUAAAGCGGGAUGGGAAGCGUGUCCUUCAGAACAAGGGUACAAAUGCCCCUUUGCUGCAGUGUGUGUAUGUGUGGGUGCGUGAGUCUGUGUGGGGGGGUGGGGUGGGAGGGCGGGAGGGUCCGGGCAGGGUUCGAAAGGCAGCAUUUCUUUUUGUUUUGUUUUAAUUUAUUCUUUUAGAAUGUGACAAUUUCAUGAACAGCCACAUCGGGGAGGAAACUGUAACAGAUUGCUACAGAUGCCUUAAACUAUGCACAAAGCUAAGCGACCAAAUUCGUUCGUGAUUUGAAGGAGAAUAAAAAAAAAAAAAAAAAGAAAAAAAAGAAAAAUUAGAAACGAACCCAACCAAGUGCAUUGUUUGCCUCUUCCUCCCCUGCUGAAACAUCGCCCGCCGGUGGGGUUUGGAUGGGAAAAGGAGAAAACGUUUUUUUUAGGACAAAAUUCAAGGACUGAUUUUAAACUUACAACAUUCCAUUUUUGUAAUUUGUUUGACAUCGUUUUCAGUACAGUAAGCACAACUGUAAGCUGAUUUGAGAACCUGGUGCUUUCUUUCAGUUCGUUUGUAUCUCCCUGUUAUUCUUGUAAAAGACUGUUUAUUGAUUCUGUUUACAGUUUGUCGCAACAGCCAUUCUUGGGAGAGAGCUUCGGCGUAAAGCCGUCUGUAAGGCUUCGCCGCGGUCAUUUUAAUACGUGCCCGUUGCUGUUAACUUCUAAUUGCAUUCUGCUCCCGGGCGUUUAAGUGACGACGGAGCCCAGCAGCACGGAAAGGCGGCGAAGGCUGCAGUCGGCUUCCACUGCAUACACCGAGCCCAGCUUUGGAGUUGGAGAUUGUCCUCAGAUUCUGGAAUUUAUUGGCUUGGCCUCUUACUGUAUGGAAAACAACUUCUGGCUUACCUGUUUGUUUCCCUUCUGAAAUUAAGUUGUCGGUUAUUCUUUCAUGUUCCCUGAAGUAAUACUGUAAUUCUCGAGGUGGCCAUGUUUAAAAAAAUAAAUUUGUAAUGAAACCA